UAAACGCCAUUUUCUUCAAACUUGGACUCUAGCCACCCUACCCUCUCACUCUCUUCCUAUACUAAAAGGUCACCAAAACACAAAAACAACACAAUGGUAACCGAAACAAUGGAAUCAAUAAUCCUCCAGCUCCACGAUAUCUCCGCCGUCAAAUUCGGCGAAUUCAAGCUGAAAUCCGGCAUCUCUUCCCCAAUCUACAUCGACCUCCGUUUAAUCGUCUCUUACCCUUCGAUUCUCCGUCAGAUUUCCCAAACGCUCGUCGGUUCCCUCCCGUCUUCCACAAAAUACGACGUCGUGUGCGGCGUGCCUUACACGGCUCUCCCUAUUGCCACGUGUAUCUCCACUGCUCAUGACGUGCCUAUGCUCAUGCGCCGUAAGGAGGUUAAGGAUUACGGUACUGCAAAGGCGAUUGAAGGCGCUUUUAAGCCAGGUCAAGCUUGUCUUAUUGUUGAGGAUUUGGUUACUAGUGGUGCUUCGGUACUUGAGACUGCUGCGCCUCUUCGUGCCGCUGGGUUAACCGUUACCGAUGCUGUCGUCAUGAUUGAUAGAGAGCAAGGAGGAAGGGAAAAUUUGGCUGAGAAUGGAAUCACAUUGCAUUCAAUGGUAAAACUGACUGAGAUGGUGAAGAUACUAAAGGAAAAGGGUAGAGUUUCAGAGGAAACAGAAAAAAUGGUGAAGAAAUUCUUAGAGGAGAACCGCAAAGUUGCGGUUCCAGUGCCAGUGAAGGAAACUAAGGUCAGUCUCAGAUUACCGUAUCAGGAGAGGGCAAAGAUUGCGAAAAAUCCGACAGGGAAGAAGUUGUUUGAAAUUAUGGUGCAAAAGGAGACUAACUUGUGCCUUUCUGCUGAUGUGGCCACAGCUGCGGAAUUGCUAGAUAUUGCUGACAAGGUCGGACCUGAAAUCUGCAUGUUAAAAACACAUGUUGAUAUAUUGCCUGAUUUCACUCCUGACUUCGGUUCUAAACUUAGAUCGAUUGCAGACAAACAUAACUUUUUAAUAUUUGAAGAUCGUAAGUUUGCUGACAUUGGAAAUACAGUGACGAUGCAAUAUGAAGGAGGUAUCUUUCGCAUUUUAGAUUGGGCUGAUAUAACUAAUGCCCACAUUAUUUCUGGUCCCGGAAUUGUGGAUGGUCUGAAACUGAAGGGCUUGUCACGUGGUAGGGGACUGUUGCUUCUUGCUGAAAUGAGUUCUUCGGGUAACCUAGCCACGGGAGCUUACACGGCAGCAGCAGUAAAAAUUGCUGAGGAUCACUCAGAUUUUGUCAUUGGAUUCAUCUCUGUGAAUCCUGCUUCUUGGCCUAAUGGACCAGGAAACUCAUCCCUCAUCCAUGCUACGCCUGGUGUUCAGUUGGUCAAAGGUGGAGAUGCUCUAGGCCAACAAUAUAACACUCCAUCUGCAGUAAUUGCUGAUAGGGGCAAUGAUAUCAUUAUUGUUGGCCGUGGAAUUAUAAAGGCUGCCAACCCCAUAGAGGCAGCUCGUGAAUACCGGCUUCAAGGGUGGGAUGCGUAUUUAGUGAACUGCAACUUGAUGCCAGGUACUUGAAGAGUUGAAGUACGUUAGCAAUUUUUACCUUCGUUUUUUGGUUUCGAUUAUUGGAAGUGGAUUUGGGGGAAUAUCUUAUGUGUCGUAUGAACCAUCAAUUAUUGUUCUCGAACUCUUACAGCUCAGUAGAAGCCCAUGCCUUCGCCCAAGUGUAGGCAUUUUAGUCCUUGCACUAGUUUUUGCUAAAUUGACAUCAACUAUCAUAUGGACACAGUUUUUCAGGAUGAAACAAAAGAUGGAACGAUUAAAUAGACACAUUAUUUCUUUCUAGUUAUUUCCAUUAGCUAAAGUCGAGGAGGUACACUCUUCUUUAAAGCAAAGUGUUUUUUACGUAUUAGUUGAGUUUCUUUGUUGG